AUGAUCUCUUUCAAGCUUUCCACUAUCAUUGCCGUCUCUGCCUUCUUCGCACAGGCCGCUAUCGCCGCUCCCUCUCCUACCAUCGACACCAGCGCUGCAUUUAUGAAGCGUGCCGCCAGCUGCACCUUCCCCACACCUCCCAAGACCUCCAGCCUGAGCGCUCCCAUGAGCGUCAAGGGCACAUUUGACGGUGGCAACGUUCGCUUCGACCGCGGUAAGGGUGCUUGCUCUGGUCAGAAGGAGGGCGGCGACAAGGAUGCCGUGUUCCUGCUUGAGAACGGCGCCACACUCAAAAACGUCGUCAUCGGUGCGGACCAGGCCGAGGGUGUCCACUGCAAGGGCUCCUGCACGAUCGAGAACGUGUGGUUCGAGGACGUAUGCGAAGAUGCCAUCACCAUCCGCCAGACAUCCGGCACGACCACGAUCAGGGGCGGCGGAGCCAAGGGCGCCAGCGACAAGGUGGUGCAGCACAACGGUGGAGGAACCGUCAACAUCUCGUCGUACUGCGUCCAGGACUUUGGCAAGUUGUACCGUGCAUGCGGCAACUGCAAGACGCAGUACAAGCGCACUGUGAACAUCAGCGAUGUGAUUGCGAAGAACGGCAGUCUGCUGGCGGGGAUCAACUCGAACUACGGGGAUGUCGCAACGAUCUCGAACGUGACCCCGACGAGCGUCAAGUCGAUGUGCGACACGUUCCAGGGCAACAACAGCGGAAAGGAGCCGACGAAGCUGACGUCGAACAAGGCAAACAGCAACUGCAAGUUCUGA